UUGUUUUUUUAAAGCUACCCCACCGCUUUUUGAAACUCUGUCUGAAACAAAGAUGGCUGAAGGAAGAAAUAAAGACGUUCAAAGUGUUAGCUUUAUGCGAGGAAUUAGUGGAAGCCUGCGACGAAAUAAGUUGGAGAACUCCUACCAAAAUCCAAGCAGACGCCAUGCCCCACGGUCUUGGAGGGAAUGAUUUGAUUGGGCUUUCCCAAACGGUACCGGUAGAACGGCGGCGUUUACUCUUCCCAUACUCCAUGCGCUUUUGGAAUGCCAUUCGAAACAAGGAUAUACAUGUGCACCUGUAUUUUUUGCUUUGGUGCUUUCCCAAACACGGGAGCUUGCAAUGCUGAACAAUUUCAAGCUUUAGGAUCCGGGGAUCCGGGUUUGGCCUAAAAUGUGCUGUUCUUGUUGGAGGGGUGGACCUCAUGCAACAACAAAUUGCCCUCGGGAAGCAGCCGCACAUUAUUGUUGGAACUCCUGGACGCCUCAUGGAUCACCUAACCAAUACUAAAGAUGAGGCAGAUAAGUUGCUGAAUGAGGAUUUUGAGAAAGCACUUCAUGAUAUUUUGUAUGUUCGGUACCCAUAUUUGUUUUCUGCAACCAUGACCGACAAGGUGAAGAAGCUGCAAAGGGCAUGUCUGACAAACCCUGUGAAGAUUGAAGCUGAACAAAAAUAUUCUACUGUUGACACGUUGAAGCAACAUUUUUGGUUCGUAGCUGCAAAGAACAAGGAUCGUAAUGUAAAGGCAGUCUUCAUUAGUGGUCAAAUGACUCAGGCAAAUAGGCUAGAAACCUUGAAUAAGUUCAAGUCUGGGCAGUAUAACGUACUUGUCUGCACUGAUGUGGCUGGUAGAGGACUUGACAUUCCAUCUGUGGAUAUGGUUGUUAAUUAUGAUAUCCCCACAAACCCUAAGGUACACAUCCAUCAAGUGGGUAGAACAGCUCGUGCUGGAAGAUCUGGUCUUGCUAUCUCACUAGUGAAUCAGUAUGAGCUGGACAAUAAAGUUACCCGAGUGUCCUGCUUUAGAGGAGGAAGUCAUGCAAUACUAUGAAGAAGUCGCAGAUUCCAGAAGAAAAGCACAGACGGUAAUCUAAGUUCCUUUUAGUUUUGUCUAUAUUUUCAUUUUUUAUUUGAAUAUAACCAGGAUUGAAAGCACUAUUUUCAUGUUUCAUACUUAUUUUAUUUCGUCCCAAAGAGUUACUUAAAUCGUAUGCAGAAUGUCUCCCUUGUAAAGGAUUCACCAAUUGGUUAGUAUUUCUUGUUCUAUAGUAUUUUGCUUUUUUUUUUCUUUUUUUUAUUUCAAAGCUUUUUCGUAAACUCAUUUAUUGGGAUGACACAUUGUUUUCCCAAUCAUUAAAUUUUGAACAUCUCCGCAGAAACUCAAAGAAAUGAGAGGCACAAGGAGGAGGAGGGGCAGAGAUGACAGUGACGAUGUAGGAAGAUAUCUAACCAGCAAAGGCUAGUCCUCCAACAGAGUUAAAGAUAAAAUAUGAUCGCCUGCUUGUCAUGUUAUUUAUAUCUCCGUUUACAUUCUCCCGAUUUCCGACUAAGUUGUAUUUGAGAAUAGUAUAAUUUUUUUUAUCCAGGGUAAUGACUUAUUUGGCCCUUCAACUUUAUAAAAAGGCCAUUUCAGCCCUUUAUUUAAUUUUUAACCUCUUUUAACCCUUGAACUUGGAUUGUUUAUCAAAUCAUUCCAAACAUGGAUGGAAAAGGUAACAGUUGUUAACUUUGCUGAUGCAUCCACGUGGCAAUCCACGUGUAUGUCACAUGAGCAAACUUAACAAGCGUAAACUUUUUUAUCUAUUUUAGGGUGAUUUGACAAACGACUCAAGUUUAAAUGCUACAAGAGGCAAAAAAAUUUAAAUGGUUAAAAUGAUUUAUUUUGUAAAGCUGGAGGUUUAACCUUUGUUUUACAUCCAAUUCAUAUUAUCUCCUUAUGGAUAAGGAAAUGUAAGAGAUGCAUAUAUGAUAAAAAGGAUGCCACAAGCAUUAAUCUUUGUUCUUUUGAAA